GAUCCAAAAAAGCUGGCGCCGCAGCUGUUUGAGCAAGCGUAACACACACACAUGUCAUUUGAAGAUUGGGCAGAGGAGCAAUUGAGCAUAUUUCUCGGAUUCGAUCCAGAGACUUUGCAGUCUCAAGUGAUACCGUACCUAUUGAGUGCAGAUUCACCUCAAGUUCUCAGAGAAAAUCUCCAGGAAAUGGUUGGACACAGUGAAGAAACAGCACCCUUCAUUCAAGAAUUUGUUACCCGUCGAUUUGCAAGUCAAAAGAAUCAAAAAAAGGACAACAAAGGCAACCAAAAGCCAGAGCCUCCUCGACAUGAUACUCGCGAACCCACGUCGCAGUUUCCCUCUUUACCGGCAACCGAAAGUAACAUGCAGUGGCCCAGUAAUAUCAAUGUGUAUGUUAAAAAGGAGAAAGACGACGACUAUUAUAUGGGCCGACAGAAGCAUAAAAAGGGCAAAGCAGCCGCGUCGGGUUCAUCGCAAACAUCGACCGAGUCAACCUUGAUUUCUGACAAACUUGAUAAAAAGAAGAAGAAGAAACCAGAAAUGACCCUGGAGGUGGCAUUAAAAGAAUUGGAUAUCAAGGCGGACACCAAACAAGGCAAACGCCGCGCAUGCCAAUGCCAAGCUACAAAGCACCCCUUACUGACCAUUGCUCCCAACUGUCUCAACUGUGGAAAGAUUAUUUGUACCAUGGAAGGACCGGGACCAUGUACGUUUUGCGGCACUCCCGUCUUGUCCAAAGAGCAGCAGGUGGCGCUGAUUGCCGAAGCAAAAAAGAAGCGAUCCGAACAAAAACAAUUACAACAUCAGCAGCAGCAGCAACGACGAGGAAAAGCCGCGCCAUCCUCAGCCCCCGUUCGAUACGCAUCCAAAGUCAGUGGUGAAAUCAUCCCGCGACGUCAUGACAGUUUAUGGGAUGAAUCCAAAGAGGAGGACCAGCGGAAAAAGGCCGAGGAACAUAAGGAAAAGUUGCUGGAAUUUCAGCGAACCAGUGCUCAGCGCAGUAAAAUUAUCGAUCAAGCGACCGAUUUUGUUCUUCCGACAGAUCAGUACAAUCCUUGGCUAUCGCCGCAAGAGCGAGCUCUGCUUCUAAAGAAACAGCAAGCCAAUAUGAAGAAAUUGGCGACGGACGGUCGGCCGAAGCGUCGCGUCAUGACGAUCGAUGUGAACACAAAGCAGGUCGUGGUACAGGAUGCAGACACGGAAUCGAGCGAAGAGGAAUAUGAUGAACAAGAUACCAUUCCAACUCCUACGGGUGCGACUGAUCCCGUAGCUGCCGACUCAUCUGCUGGCACUUAUGCGAAUAAUCCCCUGCUCAAAGGUGUCAACGCACCAAAAUUCAUUGGCAAAUCCAAAGGAGAUACCCGAGGCCGUACGCGAAGGAAGAAACGCAUUCAGUACGAUGACGAUGACAUAUUGGGCUUCCAAUAUGCCUCGAGUGUUGCAGAUGAUCGUAGUGGAGAUAUUGUUGUCGAGUCGGGAUAGAAUGAAGGUGGUGUGUCAAAAUAAAGUAAAAGCAAGAUAGCCCUAUUUAUUGUGAAUAAGCUCUAUUUUCACCAAGCCAAUUCUCGUUUGAAAUGAGGAUACACAAAGUGGAUAAAAUGAUAGGUACUACUGAUGAAAAUGGAAAAGAUUAAUUACUUGAAGUAAGAAGGAUGGGAAUUAAACACAGUGAGCCUCAUGAUCCAGGCACUGAAUUUUAAAACGGGAAUUUUUGGAAUCACAUGCAAAUUGAGAACAAAAAAAAGAACAUGAGUUGAAAAACUCCGUUGAGCC